AUGGCGGAAGCCCAGCCCAAUGGCGGUCCGACAGCCUCCUCAUCGGUCAACAUGCAGUAUGGUGGCUUCGACAGAUUCGUCAUCGAGCUCGAGGUGAGUAGGACAACCUCAAUAUUGACAUUGCAGCUCGCAUGCUUCUCGACCAUACCUGUCCAGCUAGUCGGAGUUGGCGUCCUGCUGAUAGCCCCGCUCUCGGAUUGCACAGCACCCAUACGGCAUGGCAUGGUCCAAAGUUGGCACAUGCUGACAUGAACAAACAGUUUGUCCAGAUGCUCUCCAAUCCCCAGUACCUCAAUUAUCUGGCGGCGCAGAAACUGCUCGACAAUGCAGAGUUCAUAGCAUAUCUCGAGUACCUGCAAUACUUUCGGGAGCCCAAAUACCUUCGCUACCUCCAGUGAGCGCAACGGCUUAAUGCUUACAGGCCAUCACUGACCAAGAGUGAGAUACCCUGGCCCGACCCUUCGAGCACUCGAGCUUCUACAGGAAGAACGCUUCCGCAAGGACAUCCUCAUCCCGGAAGUCAGGGACAGAAUGAUCGCAGAAGGCUUCGAAGCAGCCAUCUCCGGCUACCAACCGCAGUCCGAAUCCCAGAAUCAUCAAUCUCUUCAGUCGUGA